GCAAUGUUUGAUCAAGUUGAUUUCAAAGGCUGUAAACGAUGUACAYGACAGUGUURAGUAUGAAAUAUUGCCUGUUUAGUAGCAGCAUUUAGGCCUGUGUCUUUGCUUCAUAUACUAGAAGUAGUUAUUUAAUCGUUUGCCACAGUUUGAGUCCUCAACCAAGACUCCUGUCUAGAGUCAUGAACUGAUCUACGAUGUUGGCUUACAACUUCAAGAAGCAUAGCUUCCAGAAAUCGGAUCAUGUUCGCGAAAUUCUCGCCAAACUUGAUGCGAAACAAAGCAAGACUGGUCUAUCUUUGUAUACCCAACAACAGAACUCAACGCCAAGUACGCCAGGUGACUUACCGAAUAAUGAAGAAAAAUCCUCUUUUCCUAAUUUAAAAAGAGCAAGAAAGAAGGCUCAAAAAAGGAUAACUACUGAUUCUGUCGGACGACAUUCAAACCAAGUAUCAAACAUCAGAUCGAAAAACAUUCCUCACAGACUUCCAGGACCUACUGUUAAUCUUCCUCCUGUGUCUCGUGGAAUACCAAAACAAGAAGAACGACAGCCCGCGUCCAACAUCCCAGAACAACAGUUUGACAAAGAAAAACUUGACAUCAAUCUGAAUCCUUUUGGUUACAAUCGAAAAACGCUGGCAUUUCAAACACGGAAAAUCAACUAUGUUGUUGAGUGGCCUGAAACGUGGCCCUUCAAAAUCACGAGUUUUCAAAGAAAGAAGGRACUGCCCAAAAACCAGAAAUGGUCGCGUCCAGUAGAUACCACGUCUAGUAGAAAUAACCCUGAACCGCCUGCCAAGGAAGAGGAACGAAGUCAACCCUCAAUGYACGCGGACCUUAACAAAGCUCGUAUUCUUGCCCCAGUCGACCAUCCAGUGAAACAAACUGUGAUAUCAAACUCACCUUAUGUAGAAUCGUCGCUACUGAAGCGUGCAGCCCGCAAACCGCUGCCCAAGGAAAGUGAGAAUCGGUUUGUAUUGAGAAGUCAAGACAAGGAUUUGGAAUUUGCUUCCCGUAGAAUUGAAAGUAGCAAGAAUGAAGAUCAAACUUCUCAGAAGUGCUUGCCGUCAGCCCAGAGUCCCCUCAUGCCUGAGAUUAGUCGAGAGCAAAUUGACAGUUGUCCACCGUCRACCCCAGUCCCUAGCAGCCAAGACCCAGUCCCCGACGAACAGGAACAGUGUGAGGGUGAGCAGAACCCAAUCUCUAGCGUACAGGAACCACGCCCUAAUGGACAAAAACCACAGAGAGACCAAUCGAUUGAUCAUGAAGACGUAGACCAAGAAACCAGUUCACUGUUAAAUGACAUUGUCAAUCAAAUUAUCUCAGAAGCUAAACCGCCGACCAUAUGACAAUUAGAGCUACGCGAUUUAAGAAAAGCCUGUUUGGAGACAUUCCGCUGGCCGGAAACUAAGCUACCGAAAUAUGAACCGAAYUCGUUACUAUCGUCACAGUAGAACAGACUUCCUUGACUGACAGUUUGAUUGAUUGACGAUUACGACCAGUUUGAUUGACAGCUUAUUUUCAGUUGGCGGAUUUAUCUAUUUUUUAUUUUUUCUAGUUUAUGAUGUCCCUUAUUUUAUGUUGUAAUUAUUCGUGUUUUUAGUGUACUGAUGACCUAUUAAUAUUYAGGCUUUUUUACGGAUCGCGUAGCGAGUGCAAUAUCUAUGUAUAAUUGUAAAUAAAAGAAUACUUAAAAUGAUGCAAUGAUCAGUUAUYUUUAAUAAAAAUCAUACCUACAUAAAC